AUGGCUGCCCGUUCGCUUGCCCGCUCCCUACGGUUGCCCCUGCGCACAUAUGCAUCAGCUUCGUCAGGACCUAUCAACCCAAAUAGUGUCGGCCCCUUCGAGGUAUUUGAUCGGCGGAUGAAGCGCAUGCAGAAGGACCGCGCCGCGUUGCGCGAGAACGGAGGCAGGAGCCGGACCGUGGACUACGUGCGCGAGGAGGUAGCGGAUAGGAUGGUCGAGCGCUUCAUGGACAUCAAACGCAACUUCACGAAUGUACUCGAUUUGGGCUCGGGUGCCGGCCACUUCGCCCAGCUUCUGGAGAAGCACAAGGCAAACAAGAUUACUAUGUUUGACAUGAGCGAGAAACUCCUGCACCGCGACUCGAACGACGCUUUCGAUGUGCCUGUUGACAGGAAGGUGGUGGACGAAGAGUUCCUGCUCGAACAUGUACCACGGAACUCACAAGAAGCUAUCACGUCUUGUCUUAGUCUCCACUGGGUAAAUGACUUGCCAGGUGUACUUGUCCAGGCGAAAGAGGCCUUAAAACCUGACGGUGUCUUUGUCGGCGCGUUAUUCGGGGGUGACACUCUGUUCGAGUUACGAACUGCCCUUCAACUCGCUGAGGUCGAGCGUGAAGGCGGUAUCUCUCCGCAUAUAUCGCCUAUGGCGGAUCCGCGUGAUAUGUCCAGUCUCAUGAGUCGUGCUGGCUUCACUCUGCUGACAGUCGACGUUGACGAAGUCAAGGUGCAUUACCCCAGCAUGUGGGAGCUUCUCGAGGACCUGCAAGAUAUGGGCGAGAGCAAUGCAAUAUUCGGAAGGCGCAAUUUCUUACACAGAGAUACAUUGGCAGCAGCGUCGGCCAUCUAUCAAGCCCUUCACGGUGAGGCGGACGGUAGCGUGCCGGCUACGUUUCAAAUCAUCUACUUGAUUGGUUGGAAGCCCGACCCUUCGCAAAGGAAACCUUUGGAGCGCGGCACCGGGCAAACCAACUUGCAGGAAGUCCUGAGCUCAUGA